AUGGUCGAUGAGGCCUUUCCAUGCACCUCGGCCGAAGAUGGACGUGGCGUUCCAGGACGAUGUCCUCGCCUCGAACUACAUGCUGUAGCUCGGACUGAAGACGAAACACCCAGUUUACACCCGACACACGCUACGCCCAUGAACGCCGUCAGCUUUGGCCCAAUGGUCCAGCCAGCAUCAAGAACAGCCCAGCAAGCGACAGGGAAUGGACAUCACAUUCUCACCAAAUCCCACGAAAACGGGCCUACGGGAGAAAGCGUCGAACUCGACAUCUCUCGGCACGUAUCGCAGUGGUCUGCCGAUAGCGCUUCACCGGAGCAAACCGAUCCCCAUCACCAGGGUCGGGAGGUUAUCGAGUAUCAUGAAGGAAUUAACUCAGCAACAAUUUUGGGGGAUACCUUCGGCAGCAAACCUCAAGGAUUCGUGCGGAUUACAAUCCGCAAUCCCGAGACACGCUUCCAAUGGGAUAGUUUCGAAUUGGACGACUCUGACGCCCAGUAUUUACAGCGGAAGGGUGCAUUUAUAACUCCUGCCCGGUCAGUAUGCGAUAAAUUCAUACGCCUCUAUUUUGAACGCAUUCAUCCAUAUGCUCCUAUCCUCGACCGAGCUCAAUUCCUCCGCGGCUACAGGAACGGAACAGGCUCCACGUUCCUCAUGCAUGCGAUCAUGGCGAACGUUGUGCCAUAUGCCCCGAUAGGACUUCUAUCUGAGGCAGGGUUUUCGGAUCGGCUUAUGGCACAAAUGUCCCUAUGCACAAAAGCGCAACUACUUCACGACUUCGGCGUGGAGAAAUCACAGCUGAAUAUCUUGCAAGGCUGUUUUCUCCUGAGCUCGUUAUUUUUCAGCCCCUUGGCUCACCGAGACUAUCGAUAUUGGUUUAUGAAUACCGUGCGACUGGCCACACAAAUUGGAAUCGACAGAUACUGCACGGCGACCCACCUUGACUUGUCCACUCGGCAGUCUUUCCAGCGCAUAUGGUCGGUGUUAUACAUCCGAGAUGUGCAGCUUACCUUGUCGGGGCUCAGCAACGUUAGAAGAAUCAUCGAUGAGAAUUGGAAGCCAGCCGACAUCACGGAAGCAGAUGAUGGAGAUACUGAGGAAUUAGCCGCGUUUGGUCACUUAGUCCCACCCCUCACCAAGCUUCAAAAGGUAUACUUUACUCAAGCGGGCAUGUUGGCAAAUUUAGGAGCUCGAUUCCUACAGAUUUUCAAGACACACGGACGGACACCAGCCAAGGAGGCAUGUCAGGAAUUUGAAAAGAGUCUCUCAUCCUGGCGGAAGGCUCUACCGACGGAGAUGCACACCGAGAAUGUUCAAGAAUGGUCAGCCGCGAAUGUCUGGGCUUUGGUACUCCGAGCAACCAGCUAUCGGUUGGAAUGUGGCUUCUAUCGGUUGCUUACCGGGUAUGAUCGCACCACUGGAGACCAGGCCGUGCAACAUGCAUCUCUUAAGCAGCAGAAUGCUAUAUUCGAACUGGACACCGUCAUUGAGCGCAUCAUGCUCCACGGACUUAUCAAGUACUGCCCGUUGUCUGUAUUCAUGUGCGCCUCCACAACCUUGGCGAUGCAUGUCGAGACGGCGCUGAAAACAUUCGCCAAUAGCCAUCAACGUCUCGCGGCGCAAGCUCGUAUUCACACCAGCCUCCUCUUCCUCGCGGCCGGUGGUGAGAGCUGGCCCCAUGCACGGCGUAUGCUCAAGGUCUUCGAGGUCAUCUUGGCUCGGACGAACCUCUCUCUCGAUGGGGCUGAGAAGGCCAAUGCGGUUCCCAAACCUACGCAUCCCUUUCGCCAGGCUGACAAUGAGAAGCAGGCCGAAGUCUCCGGGUCUAGUAACAACGCCAACGAUCCAAAUUCGGGUGCAAAUCCAGGCCCAUCCGACCAGGACCGCGGCCCCGAUCCCAGACCUCGCCACCCCCGCGGAGGCACGAACAGUUUUGCUGUCGAUUCCUUGCUGCCCGAAUAUGAGCCCCUGUUCGGCCAGGCCGCGGACGCACAACCGGAGGAAUGGCUGCAGGACUUUCUCGAGCUAAACUACGUGGGGAUUUGA